CUGAAGGGAAAUUAAAAGUAAAUGAAAGUGAGAGUAUUGAAAGUGGGCUUAAUGAAGCAGGGCCAAGCAAGAAGGCUUGUAAUUUUAUGAAACUGGGCAUACAUAAUAAAGAUUCCAUGCUUCCAUCUUCUGAUGAUAAUCUUUGUAUUGAGGAACCAAAUUUAAAAGAUAAAUCCCUUACAAAGCCUGAUUUUCUUCUUGCACAUGAUUCGUCGAAAGAAGAACAAAAGGAGUUAAUUGUUGAGUCCAAAGAGGGAGAUAUUCAGAAAACUUAUAAUCACGCUGGAAAUACUCUUACAGCAGCCGACCGAGUUGACUUCAAACUAAGAAACUCUCUUAGGUUUCUGAGAAGAUAUUUCCUUCAGCUCUACAAACAAGCCAACCGCAGAAUUGUUCAGAAACGCUAUGUGAACUGCAGCACCAGACAGAUUGUGGACUCUGUAAGAGCGACUUUGGAGCAGAGCUUUCAAAAUAUGGAAGUUUCUGAAGACCUGGCCAAAUACACAGCAGGAAUCCUUAGCUUGAAGUCUUCGAGUAGUCUCAAAUGCUCUAGUCAAGUCUCUCAAGAGAUUCGCUUGUUUCUCGAAGCUGUCCGUAAAUUUAGGCUGAAGAAUUUCAAGAGGCUCAUGGCAUCUGCCAACUUACAAACAUUGUGAAGACACUUGAUGGCCAGUUGACAAGAUGAUAAAAUUGAUGUUCUGAGGCAAGCAUUGAGGAUGGAUUAAU